AUGAUUUCGAGGUCUCCUAGCCUCUUCCAGAUCGGCGAGGGAGAGGCCCAGGAUCAGGAUCAGGAUCAGGCGGGGACGUCAACAAUGGCGACCGCCGGCGAGCUCGUCGGGCUCCGGCUGAUCAUACAGCCCUCGCCGAGGCGACAACAACGGCCGGCGCUGGCCGUCCUCAGGAGGUCGUCGGUGAGGUCCACCGCUGCCGACCUACAGGAGAGCAGCGGCUGCCGGCCAUUCCUGGGCCUUGAGUUCCUGAAGUGCUGCCUCUGCUGCUGCAAGAAGAUCGACGGCGACAUGGACGUCUUCGUGUACAAGGGAGAGCAAGCCUUCUGCAGCGCCGAGUGCCGGUCUCAGCAGAUUGCGAGGGAGGAGCGGCGGGAGAUCGAGAUCCUGGUCAGGAAGCGCCAUGACGCGUUCCACAGCCGCCGUGCAGCGCCGGGCAAGACGAUCGGAGGACCGGACGGGCACGCGAGGGUGCAAAUAUCAAGUUUUUGCUAG